CCACCCGCAACCACCGCUCCUCAUCUAAGCUCCGUCGACAAACCAACAAAGAAUCCAAAAAGAAUCAGACGCCCAGGCCACCAUGGCGAACCCAUCCACGAGCUCGAGGCCGCCAUGCGCGGCUCCCAGUGGCACCAAGCUCACCUGCCUAUGCUCGCCGACGAACCACCCGGGCUCCUUCCGCUGCACCCGCCACCGCAACCCACGGGGCCGACCGCAGACGUCGUCGCCGCCGUCGUCCAGCCGGGCGGCUUUGGGCGCCAGCGCAACGGUGCGCGUCGAGGGGAUCACCAGGAGCGGUGACGUCGCUGCGGGAGGCAGGACAGGCAAGGGCCGGUCCGUCCUGCGCGCGCACCUGCUGCGGCUGGUCAGCCUGCCGUCCUCCGGCGGCAGCGACCACCGCCGCUGCCGCGACUUCAAGCCCCGGCCGUCCAGGCUGGGCCGCCUAACCGUGACCGCGUGACGGCGGCCGGCCGCUGCUCACCUGCUCUGCUUCGCAGCUGGUAGUACGCAGCUCACUAGUCACUAGUGGUGAACGGUGCGCCUCUAUUUCGCGCGCACCGAUGCUUGGAUCCGUUUAUCCAGCAGAUUCUCCCUCCAUUUAUUUUUAUAAAUCGUUUCAGAUAACUGAAAAGGAGCUAAUUUAAACCUUGUCUGAAAUGUCUUCAAAGCCUUAUAAAAAUGAUACUACUCCUUGUAUGAAUCUGUACACAUGUUCAUUUGUAAUUUUUGCAGAGGAAUGAAAUGGAUUAGUAGUUUCUGUGUUA